GUCCAGUUGUCUGGGAUUGGCAAGAUGAAGUUAAGUCCAAGAGAAUUAGAGGGUCUUUUGAUACACCAAACUGGGUUUUUGGCUCAGAAAAGACUUGCGCGUGGUUUAAAACUUAAUUUACCGGAAACUGUGGCUCUGAUUGCUUCUCAGCUCAAUGAAUUCAUCCGUGAUGGAAAGACUGUUGCUGAGUUGAUGAAUUUAGGGAAGCAAUUUUUAGGUGUGAAUCAAGUGUUACCAGGUGUAGGGGAACUUGUUGAAGAAGUGCAAGUGGAAGGCACAUUUCCUGAUGGCACUAAAUUGGUCACAGUUCACAGUCCCAUAUGCCAAGAAAAUGGUGACUUAAAACUUGCCCUCUAUGGAAGCUUUCUUCCUGUGCCUUCAGUGGAGAUAUUUUCAUCUGCAAGUGCUAAUGUUGUGUCUAUGGGCGGUAAGAAUUCACCUGGUGCCAUGAUUCCUUCUGUCAAAGGAGACAUUUUAUUGAAUGCUCAGAGAAAGACCAUUAAACUGAAGGUCACAAGCUUGUGUGACCGACCUAUUCAAGUCGGAAGUCAUUAUCAUUUCCUUGAGGUCAACAAGCAACUAGAAUUUGACAGGGCAGCUGCCUAUGGUAUGAGGCUGAACAUUGCUGCUGGUACUGCAGUCAGGUUUGAACCCGGAGACACCAAAACAGUUGAACUGGUUGAUAUUGCUGGAAACAAAGUGGUCCGGGGAGGAAAUGGACUGACAGAUGGACCAGCUUCACCUGAAAACUUAGAUGCUGUCAUGAAGAAAGUUGCUUCAAAAGGUUUCGCUCAUAAGCCACAGGAUAAAGUUGACGCUGGUGUCAGUAAAGUGACCAUCCCAAGACCACUGUACAUUGAAAUUUAUGGUCCAACUGUUGGAGACAAGGUCUGUCUCGGUGACAGUUGUCUCAUUGUUGAGGUGGAAAAAGAUUAUACAGUGUAUGGGGAUGAACUUAAAUUUGGAGGUGGAAAGGUUUUGAGGGAAGGCAUGGGCCAGGCAGCAAAUGUCACCAAUGAUACAGCACUUGACACUGUUAUCACCAAUGCUCUGAUUGUGGAUGCAGUUGCUGGAGUCAUCAAGGCUGAUGUGGGAAUAAAGAAUGGUAUGAUUUCUGCAAUUGGAAAAGGUGGUAACCCAGAUGUAAUGGCAGGUGUCACAAAGGGGAUGGUUUGUGGUGUUGGCACAGAGGUCAUAGCUGGCGAGGGACUCAUCUUGACUGCAGGUGGGAUUGACGCACACAUUCACUUCACUUGCCCACAACUUGCCGAAGAAGCUAUCGCAUCUGGACUUACCACCAUGGUUGGAGGGGGCACUGGUCCUGCGACAGGUACUUGUGCAACAACUUGUACUCCUGGGCCAAACCACAUCAAGGCAAUGAUUCAAAGUACAGACGGCUUCCCUCUUAACUUUGGGUUCACGGGCAAGGGAAACACUUCAAAGUCUAGUGGGGUAGCAGCAGAGUUAGAAGAACAGAUUAAGGCUGGUGCUAUUGGCUUAAAACUUCAUGAAGAUUGGGGAACAACUCCUGCUGCAAUUGACUGUGCACUGACUGCUGCUGAAAAACAUGAUGUGCAGAUUACCAUCCAUACUGACACACUGAAUGAGUCAGCUUGUGUUGAACAGUCUGUGGAAGCUUUUAAGGGUCGAACAAUCCACACCUAUCACUCUGAAGGCGCAGGUGGUGGCCACGCCCCUGAUAUCAUUAAAGUGUGUUCUGAAGAGAAUGUAAUUCCAUCAUCAACCAACCCAACCAGGCCAUUUACCCGCAACACCAUUGAUGAGCACUUGGACAUGCUGAUGGUUUGCCACCAUCUUGACAAAAAUCUGAAGGAGGAUGUGGCAUUUGCUGAGUCUCGUAUCAGAGCAGAAACAAUUGCUGCAGAGGAUAUACUCCAUGACAUGGGAGCCAUCAGCAUUAUCUCUUCAGAUUCACAGGCCAUGGGCCGUGUUGGAGAAGUGAUCUGUCGCACAUGGCAGACAGCUGACAAAAUGAAAAAGCUGCGAGGAAAGCUCUCUGAUGAAAAGGGUGACAAUGACAAUAUCCGUGUGCGCCGUUAUGUAGCCAAGUACACAAUCAACCCAGCAUUGGCACAUGGAAUGUCACAUGUUAUUGGAUCAAUAGAGGUUGGAAAGCUUGCUGAUUUGGUGUUGUGGAAUCCAGCACUGUUUGGUUCUAAGCCAGAGAUUGUGGUUAAAGGAGGACAAAUCGCAUGGUCCCAGAUGGGGAAUCCCAAUGCCUCCAUACCAACUCCACAACCUGUGAGGCCACGCCCCAUGUUUGGCGCCUUUGGGGCUGCUAUUGGAGCUAACUCUGUUGUGUUUGUCAGCCAGGAAUGUACCAAGCACAAUGUGUGUCAGACAUAUGGUAUCAGCAAGAAGUCUGUUGCAGUUAAGGGGUGCCGCACAGUGAAAAAGAAAGACAUGGUGCUAAACAACUACUUGCCCAAGCUUACAGUGGAUCCCCAGACAUACAAAGUUCACAUUGUGGAUCCUGAGAAUCCAUCUGCUAAGGAGCACAUUACAUGCAGUCCAGCAGAAACUAUCCCUAUGGCUCAGCGAUUUUUUAUCUUCUAAAAGCAUAGAGGA